AUGAAGAGCGUCAUCACUGUGUAUGAUCCUUUGGUCGAGUGCGCUAUGGUCAGUCAGGACGGGAGUCGUCCUCCCUCUAAAAGACUGAAAACCGCUGGAGACAGAUAUCAAUCCAACAAUGUUGAUUCCACUGCUAGGAGCCUUCGGUCUUUGGAUAGGUCUAUAACUCCACCGUUAUGCAGGAAUAAAUGGACUCGGGAGAUAGUCCGUGAGAAGCCAGCGCUGCAGGACGGCGACUCGCCCUCUAAAGCAAGGAUAAUUCCAUCUCCGAUCCAGCUCACUCAUGUUCGUGAUAUCCCGGAUUCAACGGGAUAUAACAAAGACUGCAUCAGGCUUCGAGAUAUCCUUGGAGACCCAAUGAUCAAGGAGUGCUGGCAGUUCAAUUUCCUUUUUGAUGUUGACUAUAUAAUGGGCCAAUUUGACCGUGACGUGAAGGACCUUGUCCAGCUGAAGAUAGUACAUGGUUCUUGGAAGAAAGAGGCCCCUAACAAGAUUGCUAUCGAUGAUGCAUGUAAGCGAUAUCCAAACGUCGAGGCAAUCGUGGCUUAUAUGCCUGAGCUCUUUGGUACUCACCAUUCCAAAAUGAUGGUCUUAGUACGACAUGAUGAUCUGACACAGAUCAUAAUACACACAGCGAAUAUGAUACCUCGAGACUGGGGGAAUAUGACCCAAGCAGUAUGGAGGUCUCCGUUGCUCCCACUUUCACAGUUUAAGAUGGCUGAUAGCCGUGGAGAUAUUGGAAGUGGCGCCCGUUUUAAAAGAGAUUUACUCGCCUAUCUAAACGCAUAUAACAAUAAAAAGAUUGACAUGCUCAUUGACCAACUGCAGAGGUAUGACUUUGGAGAAGUGAAAGCUGCACUAAUUUCUAGUGUUCCGUCUAGACAGCCAGCUAGAGAACUUGACUCCGGCAAACGAACACUUUGGGGAUGGCCAGCACUCAAGGAUGCAAUAAGCUCUAUUCCUAUAAGGGGCAACUCAUCACAGAGACUGGAGCCUCAGGUUGUUGUUCAGGUAUCGUCUAUAGCCACACUUGGGCAGACGGAUAAAUGGUUAAAAGAAACUUUCUUCAGCUCAUUAUGCCCUCAAUCUAGAGCCAGUGAUACCUCAAACAUUUCCUCUACGAAGUUUUCCAUCAUCUUUCCCACACCAGACGAAAUAAGAAGGUCGCUAGACGGAUAUGCGUCUGGGGGAUCGAUCCAUAUGAAAAUUCAAAGUGCAGCACAACAAAAACAAUUACAGUAUCUGCGUCGCUAUUUGUGUCGCUGGGCAGGGGAUGCUGCAGGCCAAAGAGACACGAACCCUGCCACUCAGCCUGAUAAGGGCUCGAGUAUAGUACGUGAAGCUGGUAGGAAGAGAGCUGCGCCUCACAUCAAGACAUACAUCCGGUUUUCCGAUUCAGGCAUGACCAGCAUUGACUGGGCAAUGGUUACCUCCGCAAACCUAUCCACUCAAGCAUGGGGAGCUGGGGCUAACACUCAGGGUGAGGUGAGAAUAUGUAGCUGGGAGAUAGGGGUGUUGGUAUGGCCGGAUCUUUUCCGUGAGAGAAUGACUAGCAAAGACAAGGACAGCUCAACCAUUCAUCCUGUGAAGAUGAUCCCUUGCUUCAAAUGCGAUACUCCGUCUGAGAAGUCAUUACUAUGUGAGAGUGACUCCACAAAUUCUACCUCACAUUCAGGCGCCACGAAUAUGACUAGGAUUGGACUGCGCAUGCCGUACAACCUUCCACUUGUUCCGUAUACCCAUCAAGAUGUGCCGUGGUGUGCCACAGCUGUUCACCGGGAGCCCGAUUGGUUGGGUCAGACCUGGGAAGAGAGCGAUUAA